AGGUUUCGGCGUGAAUCGGAGAUCAAAUCGGACGAAACGAAAUGCUAGAUUCGAUGCCCCCGACGUGCUGAACGCGCUGGAGCAAUCCGUUCGGCAAUCCAACGGACGGAUCGUCGGGAAUCGUGAAAAGUCUGCGGAGAGGUCAAUUUGGCAAAAUCAAUUAAUCGCGGAAAGUCCCAAUAUUUUAUGCGCCGUUUUGCGAGAUUUCGAAUACUGAGGGUCCAACGCGCGUAUUUUACUUGGGGACAGGGACUUGGUCGAAAAUAUUAGACUACGGUGGGCUAAAGUGCAAAAUGCACAUGUGUUAUGUAUUUGGGACUAGGGUUCACAAUGGAACCCUAACCCUAAUCCUCCAACCCUUGCCCUCCCUGUGCACCCAGCCGCCUAGGAGGCCCCCUGCCCACGCCGUGCUUGCACCCCGGCCACCGGCAGCAGCCGCCGUCGCCGGAAAAAGGGUUCCUCAACUUCCCUCUCCUCCAUCCCUCUCCCUCUAUCUCUCUUUCUCUCGGUUGGAGCCCAGGCCGAGGCUACAUGGCCUUCACCGGCGUGGCCCUGUGCCUCGGCAACCUCCCCCGCCGACCGCCGCCGUCGCCGUGCGCCGCCGCUGCCGCUGCGGCCGCCCUGGCCACAAGCUGCCAGCCUGGACCGAGCCUAGGUCGAGCUUGAGCCCGCAGCGCCUCCGCGCAUCGCCGCCGCCCACCGUCGGGCGCGCCACCCUCCCCUCGACCUCCGGCGUCGUCGGCGCCGUUCCCCGCCGGCCAUGCUCGCUGUGGUGCCGCCCGAACUCGCCGCAGCCGCCCAGACCCGGAGCGGGCUGUGCUUGGGCGAUCUCUGCCUCCGCGCGUCGCCGCUGCUCCUCGCCGGCCGCGCCGCCCUCCGAUGACCUCCUGCAACCUCCCGCUCGCCACCCGACCGUUCCCACACGCCGCCGGCCGCCGCCCGGUUCUCCUGCGGCCGCCCAGACCUCGUGCGGGCUGGGACCGAGCCUCCUCGGCUUCCGAGCGUCGCCGCCGCCCAUAGUCGCGUGCGCCGCCUCCCCCUCGACCCCCGGCGUCGUUCCCAACCGGCCCCGACCAGCCCCGGCCGCCGCGUCGCCGCCGGCAACUGUUGGAAGGCACCGAGCCGCAAGAGAGUUGGCGGCUCCGUACGCCGCCGCCGCACCUCCGGCCGCCCUGCGCCGCCUGGCAUGGAGUGCCCCGGAGCCCCGCCAUCUGGUGCACCCAUCCCCGGCCGGACCGCCCGCCGGAAUACCGCCGGCGGCCAACCCUAGCUCCCCCCUCACUGUCCGGUUGACGUUCUUUUGCAUAUCAUGUGUAGGAGUAGAGUAG